GUGCUGCCGCUUCCUUGCGUGUUGACCUCAGCGGCGUCAGUCGGAUCCGUGGGAGCGUACGGAAGAUGCAGAAGAGCAGGCAAAAGCUGCUUAAUGAAGAACUUUCCGACAAUGACAAUGAGACCAUGAUUCCAGUUUUGGUGUCAAAGAAAGCAAGUGAACUACCAGUAAACGAAGUAGCCUGCAUUUUACAGGCUGACCUACAGUACGGUUUGAGCCAAAGUGAAGUGUCCCAUCGACGUGCCUACCAUGGCUGGAAUGAGUUUGAUAUCAGUGAAGAUGAGCCUUUGUGGAAAAAAUACAUUUCACAGUUUAAAAACCCACUCAUUAUGCUCCUUCUGGCAUCCGCUGUUAUCAGCGUCUUAAUGCAUCAGUUUGAUGAUGCCGUCAGCAUCACUGUGGCAAUCAUUAUCGUCGUCACUGUUGCUUUUGUACAGGAAUAUCGUUCUGAAAAGUCACUGGAAGAACUGGGAAAGCUGAUGCCUCCAGAAUGUCACUGUGUGCGAGAAGGAAGAUUGGAGCAUUUACUUGCAAGAGAACUAGUUCCUGGCGACACAGUAUGUCUGUCUGUUGGUGAAAGAGUUCCUGCUGAUUUACGACUGUUUGAGGCUGUUGACCUGUCAGUGGAUGAGUCGAGUCUCACUGGGGAAACAACACCGUGUGCAAAGUCUACAGCUCCUCAGCCUGCUGCGAACAAUGGUGACCUCACAUCAAGGAGCAACAUUGCUUUCAUGGGAACACUGGUUAGAUGUGGAAAAGCUAAGGGUAUUGUCAUUGGCACAGGGGAAAAUUCAGAAUUUGGUGAAGUUUUCAAGAUGAUGCAGGCAGAGGAGGCUCCAAAAACUCCUUUGCAGAAAAGUAUGGACCUUCUUGGAAAACAGUUGUCUUUAUAUUCUUUUGGCAUCAUAGGUGUCAUAAUGCUUGUUGGUUGGCUGCAAGGAAAGCAUCUACUGGAUAUGUUUACCAUUGGAGUGAGUUUGGCCGUUGCAGCUAUUCCUGAAGGUCUGCCCAUUGUUGUUACAGUAACAUUAGCUCUGGGAGUGAUGAGAAUGGUGAAGAAACGUGCCAUUGUGAAAAAGCUGCCUAUUGUUGAAACCCUGGGCUGCUGCAAUGUAAUCUGUUCAGACAAAACAGGAACCUUAACAAAGAAUGAAAUGACCGUCACUCACAUAUUUACAUCUGAUGGACUUCAUGCAGAGGUUACUGGUGUUGGAUACAAUAACUCAGGAGAGGUAAUCCUGGAUGGUGAGGUGAUACAUGGAUUUUCUGUGUCAUCAAUAAGUAAAAUAGUAGAGGCUGGUUGUGUUUGUAAUGAUGCAGUUAUCAGAAAUAAUACUUUAAUGGGAAGACCUACUGAAGGAGCUUUAAUUGCUUUGGCGAUGAAGAUGGGUUUAGAAAGUCUUCAUCAUGAAUAUAUUAGGAGAACUGAACAUCCCUUUAGCUCUGACCAGAAGUGGAUGGCAGUCAAGUGUGUCCAUCGAACUCAACAGGAUAAACCAGAAGUCUACUUUAUGAAGGGUGCUUAUGAACAAGUCAUACGUUGCUGCAGUCAUUACAACAGCAAAGGUUUAGCUCUGCCACUCACACAACAACAAAAAGAGCUCUACCAGCAAGAAAAGACUUACAUGGGUACUGCAGGCCUUCGAGUUCUUGCUUUUGCCUCUGGCUCUGAGCUUGGACAGCUCACUUUCCUGGGCCUGGUGGGAAUCAUCGAUCCUCCGAGGACAGGCGUAAAGGAAGCAGUGGCAGCACUCAUCAACUCUGGGGUGGCCAUAAAAAUGGUUACUGGAGAUUCACAAGAGACUGCAGUGUCUAUAGCCAGCCGACUGGGUUUGUUUUCCAAAGGUUCUCAGUCACUUUCUGGAGAAGAGUUAGAUAACAUGGAUAUUCAGCAUCUCUCUCAGAUAGUUCCAAGGGUAGCCGUCUUUUACAGAGCCAGCCCAAGGCACAAAUUGAAAAUUGUUAAGUCUUUGCAGAACAUUGGAGCAGUUGUUGCCAUGACAGGUGAUGGAGUGAAUGAUGCAGUGGCACUGAAGGCUGCAGAUAUCGGUGUUGCCAUGGGCCAGACGGGCACUGAUGUAUGCAAAGAAGCGGCCGACAUGAUUCUGGUGGACGAUGACUUUCAAACAAUCAUGUAUGCAAUUGAAGAAGGUAAAGGAAUUUACAACAACAUCAAGAACUUUGUUAGAUUUCAGCUUAGUACGAGUAUUGCUGCCUUGACGUUAAUCUCUUUAGCUACAUUAAUGAAUUUCCCUAAUCCUCUGAAUGCAAUGCAGAUUCUUUGGAUUAACAUCAUUAUGGAUGGGCCACCUGCUCAGAGCUUGGGGGUUGAACCUGUUGAUAAGGACGUCAUAAGGAAACCUCCCAGAAAUGUUAAAGACAGCAUUCUCACUAAGAAUUUGAUUGUGAAGAUCUUGGUUUCAUCGCUCAUCAUUGUUUGUGGCACACUGUUUGUCUUCUGGAGAGAGCUACGUGACAAUGUCAUCACUCCAAGAGACACAACAAUGACCUUCACUUGUUUUGUAUUUUUUGACAUGUUCAAUGCAUUAAGUUCAAGGUCACAGACUAGAUACGUAUUUGAGAUUGGAUUGUGUAGCAACAAAAUGUUUUGUUAUGCGGUGCUGGGAUCCAUCAUGGGGCAGCUGCUUGUAGUUUACUUUCCACCGCUGCAGAAAGUAUUCCAGACAGAAAGCCUCAGCAUAUUUGAUUUAAUUUUUCUGCUUGGAUUAACCUCUUCAGUUUGCAUUGUAUCUGAGAUCAUAAAGAAGAUACAAAAAGGAAGGGAUCGAAUCCAAAAAGAAAAUGUCCCCUUUCAUGAAGUAUGAUGCAUAUUGCAUCUUAUGUACAAUUUAGCUGUUAUCUCAAGAUGAUCAAGGACUGGAGAAAGCCCCGAGGAUUUGGCUGUAAUUAUUAUUUUGUAUUAAGACUUGUAUUUCAAAUUCUUAGUAGCGCAUCCACACCUUGAACUCUACAAGGAAGGCACUUGCUGAACUACAGGUGAUGUAGGCCACACCGUUUUUUCCUUGAAGAUUUGAUUUGCUGCUUUUGUUACAGUAUCCUUGUUUAGAGGUAUCUAUUAAAAAAAAA